CCCUGUAACAGCAUCAUUUAUACUAAUGCUUAAAAAACUGGUUGAAAGACUUCGACCAAAUAAGAAAAUUAAUCAUGACGAGGAGAAGGUUUCAGACAAUAGCAAUACCGAGAUCAAUGUUGUGCCUGCUUCACCUCCGUCGCCGUCAACACAAAAUGUUCCAGCCACAGUUCAUGAAGAGACAGUUGCCACCCCUCGUAUAGACUUGCCUUCAGCCCAAACAACCCCGGAGGAAGACGAUGCCAUGUCGGCGCCUGCUGUCAUCAAUACCACCAAAGUGACAGUAGAGGACCUUCGGUUUUAUCAAGGCGGUGUUCGGAAAAAGCACAAGAAAUUGAUUAAAUGGGUUGGCCGUAUCGGCUUCAUCGCUAAAGCCGUUGUUUACGGAUGUAUUGGUGUUUUGACCAUUACAAAUGUCACCGGUGCCUGGACUCCGAACGGUAGCGCAGGAAACGAAUCGCCACAGGGAGCAUUUUUGCUCCUGGGAGGCAUACCCUCUGUAGGAAGAUCUAUGCUGAUUGUUAUAGCUGUAGGCUUAUUAUUAUAUAUCAUAUGGAGAAUGUGGGAAGCCAUUACUGGCCAAGGAAGUGAUGCAAAUUAUAGCAAAAAGAAAAACUUCUUUCGAUUUCGCCUCUCCCCCUUUGUCAGUGGCCUUGUGUACACUGCGUACGCAUACUAUGUCAUUCAGAUGAUCUUUCAAACCAACGAAGAGCAGCAAAAGUCUGCGUCGAGUAGUACGUUCCCAGCAUCUUGGACAAAUUCAACCAUCGGCAAAGCAGGUAUAGGCAUACUGGCCAUUGCAUUCCUGAUUGCUUUCCUUACUCAAAUUAUCAAUGCUGUUACCGGCAACUUUAUCAGUGAUCUCAAAACAAGUGAGCCAGGCGCCAAUAAAUAUGAAGCCUUCAUUGUUCAUCUAUUAGGACGGAUAGGAUUUGGAGGACGUGCUGCUCUCUUUGGCACUCUUUCAGGAUUUUUCUGGGACUCUCUAGCAGAAGCCAAUGAAUCAGGCUCAAAGAAUAUGGUUGCAGCAGCCAUAAGCAAGUUGGCCAAUACUGGAGGUGGACGUUUUUUUAUGGUUAUACUCGGCCUCAGCUUGGUCAUCUAUGCUGUCUUUGCAGCCUCCAAUGCCUAUUACAAGUAUUUCCCUACACCACCACCCACCCGACAUGAAUAUUACACCCAUGAGAUUAUUGUUCCAGCCGAUUCCUCGUCGGCUUCGUCCUCCAAUGUAUCCUUGCAUGACGAAGAAGAAGGUCGUGUAGAGGAAGUGAAAGACAGAAAAGAUACAGACUCAGAACCAUCCACUGCAAACGGUGUAAAGGAAGCUUAUGAACACAACACAUCUCCAACGUCAAAAUCAACUUUGUUCCUAACCCGUAUGCGCCACCUUUUCGGGAAGAAAAAACCUCAAGAAUCUGAAACCUAUGGAUAACAAUCAUCCAAUACCUCUAUUGAAAUUGCAUUAUUUAUAUUUACAUUACUCUAUAAUAUACCUUUCAUAAUAGAUCUGUAUCUAAUUGUACAUUUUACGAGAAACAACCUCUUCAAGCACUCAUCUUUAUUUACCUAUUUGCUUACUUUGAUGAAAUACUGUUUUCCAUCCAAAGAUAAUGAGCUUUCAUUCACCCUUGCGAAGAGCUGUUUUCUGUCUCAUACCAAUUUGUUAUGAAAUGUAAAAAUAAAAGGACAACAGUGGCUCUAUAAACAGCAG